AGGAAUGAAAUUCACUCAAGUGUCUCACUCUCAGUGAGUCAGUCAAACAAGGUUCAGUACCGCUACUACCGGUAAUCGGUAUUCAGUCUUAAUUUCACUCAGACACACUUGGCUUGCCUUGAAGUUGAUGAAAUUACCUCUUCUUUACUACAAGCAGUGACAUGACACUCUUUCCUUACUCCAAAUUCCAAUUUGAACUGAGCUUCAUCUGUGUCUCGUACAGCUCUGUCUCUGCUCGCUCUACAUCAUGUAAUGUAAUUUCCGAAGUCUGUCAUUGUCAAGUGCCAUAAGACUGAGCUGAGCUUGUAGACUGUAGUUACAUGUAUGCCGAGGAUCACGCCCCUGGCCCAGCCCGGUACCUUACCGCGAUAGAGCAGGUCCCCGGAAGUUCAGGGGACAAUGGUCUUGCACCAUGCCUACGCAAGGAUCAGCAAUGAUGCAAGUUCGCGAAAUCUCCGUGUUUUGAAAUGUCUCCCUCUCCGGCUACACUCUUGCAAUUUCAACGAUGAUUGGCUCUUGAUCUUUCGAUCGAUCGAGCGCGCUCGCUUUUUGAAUGCAAUAUUGUGCGCAGACGAUUUUUAUGCAUUUUGUGGCUGACCGAUUUUCUUCUGAAUUUGAGCAAAGAUAUCACCAAAAUAGCUGUAUUUCUGACUAGACAAGGGAUCCCAACAUGAAGCCAACACGAGGCAAGACCCCUAAGAAGACACCUCGGAAGCCCCCUAGCUGUGCUAAGGACCCAGUAGAGGUUUACUGCAGGUUGCGACCACUGCAAGAGAUUGAGGAGCUGUGUAUUGAGGUCAUCAACAGCAACACAAUCCAGCUCAAACCACCUGAGGGUUCUCAUGCAUUCAGAACUGGCAAUUACAAAGAGACACAGCAUGUCUUCAAAUUUGUUUUCAGCGAGGAAUACUCGCAGAAAGCAGUGUAUGACAGCAUCGCACUGCCAUUGGUUGAAGACCUUCUCCAUGGAAAGAAUUCUUUGCUGUUUAUGUAUGGAGUGACGGGGUCGGGUAAGACGUACACCAUGCAGGGGACACCCACGGACGGAGGAGUCCUGCCGAGGUGUCUUGAUGUCCUUUUCAACAGCCUCGGUGAUCUACAGGCCAGGAAAUAUGUUUUCAAGCCGGACAGGGUGAAUGGCAUGGAUGUACAGACGGAGGCCGAUGCUAUGUUGGAGAGACAGAAGAAGGAGUUGAUGCCUCCGCCGGUAGCACCACGUACCCCACGCACUCCCAGGACACCCCAAAGCGCUCGUGCGCCCAUCACACCUAGCAGAAAACCAAAGAAAGCUUUUCCGGACUUGGACAACUUUGUACGGGUUCCGGACCCUACUUGCCUCAGCACCGUGGACGAGGAUAACAACUAUGCCAUCUAUGUUUCCUACGUUGAGAUCUACAACAAUCAGAUCUUUGACCUCCUAGAGGAGGUUCCCUACUCACUCCAUUCAAAGGGUUUGACACCAAGAAUUCUGAGAGAAGAUUGCAAUCAUAACAUGUAUGUUGCGAUGUGUACUGAGAUAGAGGUCAAGUCAACAGAUGAUGCAUAUAAGGUCUUCCUCAAAGGUCAGGCCAGGCGUAAGGUUGCUCACACCCAGCUGAACACAGAGUCAAGUCGUAGCCACAGUGUCUUCAAUAUCAGACUGGUCCAGGCACCCCUAGACUCACUGGGCCAGGAGGUCAUACAGGACAAGGACCAGAUUGCCAUCAGCCAGCUGUCCCUGGUUGACCUGGCUGGAAGUGAAAGGACCAACCGAACCAACAACACGGGGGACAGACUCAAGGAAGCCGGUAGCAUCAAUGCGUCGCUGAUGACACUCAGAACAUGCAUCGAGACGUUGAGAGAGAACCAGUCGGAAGGAGCCAACAAGAUGGUCCCUUACAGAACGUCCAAACUCACCCAUCUUUUCAAGAACUACUUUGACGGUGAGGGUAAAGUCCGUAUGGUGGUGUGUGUCAACCCCAGUGCAAAGGACUAUGAUGAAACCACUCAUGUUAUGAGGUUUGCAGAGAUCACGCAGGAAGUACAAGUAGCGAGACCAACAGAGGUCAGAUUUGACAUCGGUCUUACCCCAGGCAGGAGAAAGGCCAAUGAAGAAUAUAAGAAACUUCUUGAGGAGAACGGUGGUGAUCUGCCACCUCCAUCCCCACUUCUCUCCCUUGGACCACCGUUUCCACUCUUACAGAUUUCCGAUCCAUCGGAUGAGGACACCUUAUCCAAUCUUAUUGCCUUCUUGGCGGAGAGACAGAAAAGGAGGAGAACCAUGGAGGACGAACUCGCAAGAAAACAGGGCGCUUUCCGGGCAAUGCUGGUUGAAAGAGAGCACGAGUUGGAUCAUCUCCGCACCACCGUCUCAGAGCUUUCAGCCAAACUGAACUCUAAGACCCGCGAAAAUGAGCGGAACGAGAAACGCAUCCGUUCUCUGGAACAGGACAACGCCAUGCUGCAACGCACUCACAACAUGUACGAGAAAGACAAACGAGAGAUGGCUACAGAGCUUUCUGAGAAGCAAAAAAUGAUCCAGAUGGAAACGCAGGAAAGAGCUCGUCUGAAGCAAGCCCUCAAGGGAGCCGUCAGUAACCAGAGAGAUAAAUGGGAAAAGGAGUGUGCGAAGAGGGUCCGCCAGACGGAGAUGAAGAUGCAGACGGAGAUGUGGGUCCGGGAGGAGAAGCUUCGCCAGCUGAAGGAGAUCGUCCAGGGCCACGAGGAGGAGGAGAGCGCCAAGAAAGCAGCCAAGGAGGUGCUGGCCGAGAGCUUCAAUCGAUCCAAGUCACCGCCUCCGCAGAGGAAGACCAACCCACCACCGGUCAGGCUGCGACAUCGUCGAUCGCGGUCAGCCUCCAACAGCAUCUGGAUCGAUCACCAACCCAUUGAGACCCUGGACACAGAAACGGUCCUGCAGCCCAACAAAUCCAAGAAUGCCAAGCGUGUAUCCAACCCAUCCCUGAAGGAUAUCAGGAAGACAGAUAACUACAUGCUGACCCACCAAGAGGAAGACUCCGCUGGAGAACUGGAGACCAAGAUCUAUAAGGCUGAAGUGAUACCAACCAGAGGCGGUGGACGGGCAGUGCAGUUCACUGAUGUUGAGAAGUUGAAGUCCGAAGAUCCACUGACGACCACGAGGACCAAACGGAGGGUUGAAGACGACCCCGAGCAGUACAGCGGUGAAUGGACGGAUGUAGAAACAAGGUGUGCUGUUGGGCUAGAACACAAGGCAGGGUCUUCGACAAUAUCAGCUGUACAUACUGUGGCAAACAAGAAACACAAGAAAUCUCGUUGAACUCCAUCAUGUCCCUGGGGAGCGUUUCACGAAACAAAGUUGUGAAUUUCAUUGACAACUGUUAAAAGCUACUGAAAUCCUUGCAUGUGAUUGGCAGGGUGCAAGUUUGUCAGUGAAAUAUCACUGACAAGAUGAUCCAUGAAACACUCCCCAGUUCCUUCUUGCAAGAUUAUUUGGAAGCCAUCUUCAGGGGGCAGCUUCCAAUCCUCGGCAAUAACACUACACACUGAAGGGAAAUACCCUUAAAACUCUUUGAUAAAACCAGGGGCCCGUUUCAUAAAGAGUUACAACUGUCAUAACUUUGCCGUUAUGGCAACUACCAUGGCAAUGGGGCUCAGCAGCCGAUCAAAAUCAAGGUUACCAUGGUAGAUGCCAUAAUGGCAAAGUUACAACAGUUGUAACUCUUUAUGAAACUGGGCCCCCGAUGUAAAAAUGAGAGGAAAAUUAUAUAAUCAGAAAUGCUUGCAUCAGAGCCACGAAUGUCACAAACUUGACCCUGUGCAUUAUAUGUUUUAUACAGACAUUUUAAUGAUAUGAGUAGAUUACAUAUUCUUCAGAAUCAAGCAGUCAAUUAUGUAAGGCUGCAAAUUUUCUUCGUGACAUCAUCACUGCUUUAGCGUAGGAAAGGGGUGUAUUGAUUCAUCUGAUAACCUUGGCAUAUAGACGUAGUCAUCUUCGUCCAGUGGAUUUACGCGCAGUAGAAAUAUCUCAUACAAUUUGCAUGAUCUCUUUUUAUUGCUACACACUUGUUGCACUGUAAUGCAAAUUAGUGAAAAAUUUAAAGGGAAGUUGAAAGAAAGAAAAACAAGGAAAUACAUUAUUGAUGGAAGAAUAGCUGAAAGAAAGAGAUACAUAAGAACUGAUGAAAGAUAAGAUAAGAGAAUGAUAAAGAUAUUUUGUUAAAUACCAGAAAUGGCAAAUGUAAUAACACCGGUCAAAGAAUCAAUGGCCCUCCCUCACUUUUCCAAGUAAAUUACUAUUUGAUUUGUUUGGUUUGCAUGUUUUGCCGGGAUUGUAAAUACAUUUAGAAGGGAAAGAAUGCUAUUAAUCGAAUUAUGCCAUCAUCAUCAUUAUUUAUAUACCGAUGCUAUGCUAGUUCAGAAAAAUAUGUUAGCAGUGGCUGAUAAAGAUCUUUGUUCAUUUUGUUUAAGACAUCCUACCAAACCUUAACAUUGGAUAAUCAGGCGUCCGUUCCGUAAAGAGUCACAACCAUAAGUACCGAAGUAAUGACGUCACAAAUUGUUUUAAAAGCAUUUCAGCGUGUUAUUGGUGUAUUACUGGCCUGGUUCUAAAUGUCAGGAACCAGGCCAAUAAUACAUUGACUUCAAUUGGGCUAAUUAUGUAUUUACGAGGUCAUAUCUUGUGGCCCCAUGGACCGAUUCCCACCAAAUUUUGGUAGUGGUUUUUUUUUUUCAUCAUGCUCUACCCAAAUAUGGUAUCAAAAGUGCUGAUCAUAUGCAAAAAGUGAAAAUUGAUGACCUCACAGUUCGGUACUCUAUAACUUUGCCAUCGUGGCAGCUACCGUCCACGGUAACAGGACUCGUCAUCCAAUCACCAUCAAAGUUUCAAUGGAAGUUACAAUAAUUAAGGCUAAAAAAAUCUCAUCAUCUGUAUAUAAACAUGAAAGACUGCCUGCCUACUUUUCCUUCGUCGAUAAAUGUAAAUCUAAUUUAACUAGAAAAUUUUAGUAUACUAUGGACAUUGUAAAUACCAGUAUCAACAGUUAUAUUAAAUGAUUUUUAUCUAUAUCUGGGAAUGCUUAUGCUGCUCGUUGGUGAAAGGGGGUGUGGAUAGGACCAAAACAAUGGGGGUUUUUUAACAAAAGAAUUAUAAAGUUUAUUCUUACUGGGAUUUUCAAUCAAGGUGAAAUGUUAAAGAUUUAUUAUGUGCCGUCUGGCUUGUAAACCAAAUUCUUACUCCAUAUUUCACUGCAUAUUAUGCAUCUUUUCCUCACUCUUGCUAUGCAUUUAACCAUUUACAAACUCAGUAAUUUAUACAUCACAACUAUUGCUUGUGUGUCCAAGAGAAAAAUUAAAAGCUUUUUAUUUUUCAGACAAAUGCCUCUUCCUGUUUUCCCCCCGUGUAUUACUCCAACACCUGGGUAGCGUUUCACGAAGGGAUUUGUCAGACGUUUUAUCCGACAAAUACCAUUUAAACCGACAGUUACCAUAGCAACAAUGCCUUUCAGCAAAUCAGAAUCAAGGAAAGAUGUCAGAUCUGACUACUUGUCGGACAAAAAUGUUGAUGAAAAGCUCCCCUCUGAUGUGGUUUCUUUUUGUCUCUCCAGGCUCCAUGAAUAUGAAUUCACAAUGAAACCUAUUUAUGAGAAACAUAUUCGGCCAUGGGCAAUCGAGAAUCAGCGAGAAUCAGAUGGAGACAUUUUGUUGAGCAGGUGUAUAAUGAAUUGUGUAAUUUCCCCGCUUCUUUUGUUGGAAUUUUUUUUACAUAGUUAGCCAUCGGCAAAUGUAGAAAUAGAUGGAAACAUUAUGCUCAGCAGGUGUACGAUAAAUUUUCAAAUUAAAUUUUGCCACUUUUUUGUUGGUAAAAUGAAUAGGAUGAGAAGGCAUGUAUCAAGGACUUAAUCUUGUGACAACCGUCCCCCCCCCCCCCCAAAAAAAAGAGCAAAAUUUGACCACGAGAAAAAAAUUAUUUGUAUUCUAGUUUGGAUUUACCUUUUUUGAUGUAUUUAGACGCAUUUAAGUGUAAUCAAACAACAUAAAUGAAAUCAUAUUCUCAUUGGUAUUUUCAAGUCCCAAAAUAUAAUGAGUAAACAGAACACUGUUAGUAAGGACGCAUUGUAUUUGAAUUGCGGAAUAAUAAACAAUACUACCAUUAUAAAUCAUGUUUUAUUUCAUUUGGGUUUAAAAUUUUUUGUUUGGUUUAUGCAUUAUUCAUGGAGAGGAAAAUAUGCCUGUUCAGGGGGAAUGUAUACUGAAUCAUGAAUUUUAAAAUUUCUCUCAACACUUGCAUCAUUUUAAAGAAUAUGGUAUGAACGAAAAGAAAUUCUUAAUUUGAAAAGAAGUAUUAGUGAAAUCCACAAAGUCUUUGCUUAUUCGAGGAUCAGUGCAUAUGUAUAUGAUAUUAAGCAUAUUGUAACUUCUAAAUAAAUACCUUGAUUGAUCAUGUAUUGUGCAUUUACUUUUUUCAAGUGUUAUCUCUUCCAAGUUUAUAAAAUAGAAUAAAGCAGCAUUAUAGUUGUGAAAAA